AUGUCCAAUCCACUCAAGGUCGUUGAUAUAUCUUCUUCCAGUGACGAUACUGUCAAGACAUUGUUAGAAGCCGCGAAUUCCCAAGGAUUUUUAUUCGUUGAGGGCCAUGAUUUUUCGAAUGAAGAAGUGCAAGCAGCGUUCGAGCUGUCCAAGCGAUUCUUCACGGAAACGUCUAUCGAAGAGAAAAUGAAGUACCCAAUUAAAAACAAUGUCGGUUAUACGGGAUUCGAAGACGAACAAUUGGAUCCAAGAAAAGCUUUGGAUUUCAAAGAGGCCUAUAAUUUUGGAUUUAUAAAUUUUGAGACUGGUGAAUUAAACCAAAGCAAAGCCAAGUUUUAUGGCCAAAGCGAAAAAUCGGACGCCAACGAACAUCCAAUUCCCCCGGUAUUCAAAGACGACGAAGCUUUUAUUUCCAAAAUUAGUCAGAAAUUGCAUGCUACUGCGAUCCGGAUCUUGGCACUCAUUGCCGAAGCACUUUUGGUCGAAGACCCAAACUUUUUCAGCAGCAGACACCGCGGUAACAAGCCAAGUGGAAGCGUGUUCAGAAUGCUCAGAUACCCUUUGAUGAGAGAGGAUACCUUGAAUAUUGCCAGCAUGUCGUCCAUCGACCCAACUAUAAGAGCCGGCGCACAUACAGACUACGGUUCCAUAACGCUUCUAUUCCAGCAAAAGGGUCAACAAGGUUUGGAGCUUCAAAUCGGAGACAAAUCUCAAAACGACGGCUGGGUUACGGUCCCAUUUGUCGAUUCUACAAACCCCCAAAAAGCUCCUCCACUUAUCGUGAACUUCGGAGAUUUACUAUCCUACUGGACCAAUGGCGUCCUCAAGAGCACGGUACACCGUGUCAGAUUUGCCCCAGGCGAGACAAGAAACUCUGAUCGGUACUCAAUUGUCUUUUUCGUCCAGCCAGAAGAUGACACUCUGCUGACACCGGUACCCAGCGAAAUCGUGAAAAAGGCAAGUCUAGGUGGAGAUCCACCUGCUAUAACCGCUCUGGAGCAUCUCCAAGAGAGAUUAAGAGCUACCUACCAAUCCGAGGUUAAAUAA